UAGGCAGUAAGUUUGAAAGAGCCGAGGCAGAGCUAGCUCCUGCUUGGGAACAAGAGGCUAAAGUAAACUAUGACUGGCAUUGGGUAGAAGGGGUUUCCGUUUCUGCGGGGAGCUGACAGGUGGUCCCGAUUUGUGCCUGUUGACAAAGUGAGUAUGUGGAGUAAUGGAGCCUUCGGAAAUGGCUCACCGUUUGCAGAGGGUCCUGGACUAAAAGUAGUUGGCAGCUGCGGCACAGCCCCGGCCAGGGGCUGGGAAUUCAUGCACCUAGGCAGUGGUGGGAGCUGUGGUAACCAGGAGAGACCCAAAGAAGCACACGGGAAGAGCCGAUCACCUCAAAAACAAUUGCCAUUUGCCAACAUUCCCCACUGUUUCUCUCCUGCACAACAGGACUUUUCUGGUAGCAACAUCCCAUUCAGAAACCCCCCCGAGCACAGGGUAACCAGCGGCGACGGUUGGUCAGAGCCACCGUUAAUUCAACAACAGCAUUUACGUCUCAAAAAGAAGCUGGAGGACCUUCGGAGACGGCAGCAUCAGGAGAGAAAUGCAUGGGCGAGGGAGAAGGAAACACUCCUGCGUGAACUCGCCGAUAUUCAAGCUGGGGAAAACAGGAGGCUUUUGCUGGAACUUAAGUCUACUCUGGAAGCUGUUCAGACUGAACUGAGAAAGGAGGAGAGGCGACGUACAGAUUUACAACAACAGUAUUCAAAUGACAGAUUUGGGUGGGAGCUGGAGAGAGCAGAGCUGAAAUGUCGUAUCACACAGCUGGAAUCCAAGGCAACUAAGCACUACACAGACAGAAACCCCCAAGACCUCAAAGAAGCUUUCAGGAAGGAAAGAGAAGAGCAGAAGCGCCUGUUGACUGACACUCACACUGCAGCUAUGGACCUGAGAAAACAGUUGGAAAUUAAUGAGAACAUCUGGAAGAGGGAAAAGCUGGAGUUACUGGAACGAUUUGAUAGUGAAAGGAAUGAAUGGGAGAGGCAACUGAAGGAUAUGCAGAAGAAAAUAGAAGAGCUUUACCAGGAGGUGAAAUCAAAGAGGGAAAAUGACUCUAAUGACCAGGAGCUGAUGACUGGUACUGAAUGGCUUCACCUCUCCAUACAUUCCUCCAAUUCCGAGUCCAGCGAUCCAGCAGAUUGUGGAGAAGCUGUCCAUCACCACAACAGGGAGAGUAUGGAAGUAGAACAAAUUCUGCUGAAUGCUUCAGACUGUGAACUUAAGAACGCAUCAAAACAGAAAAACAGUCCCUUGUUUAUUGAUGAAUUAGCUUUUGAAAAUUCAAUUGAACCUGAUGACUGCCAAGUAGUAAAACUUCCUGGAAAUGAUAAAAUGAGCUAUACAAGUGCCCUUAAUGCAGCUCUGAGAGAGAUUGCAAAAGUAAGUGAAGAACUCUGCAGUUACCAGGAUGAAAUCCGGAAGAAAUCGAGCCACCAAAGACUGAACUCAUUUCAGUGUUCAAAAGAAUGCGAGCCUAACAAAAAUGGAGUGAAGAAAACUGAUGGAAAGACAGCGCUGAAUGAUUCACAAGCUUCUGGCACAUUUUUUAAGAGCCUUUGGGACACAGAGGAGAUGAACAGAAAAAACUGGAUGUCAUGCAGCCCCCCAAGCCUUGGAGACAAACUGAAUGCAACAAAAAAUGAAGCUCCUCCAGUGCCCCCAAGAAGUACUUCUUGGCAUCUGACUCCCACACUUUCUUUAUCUUCACAAAUAACUGACUUGGGAAGAAAUGACGGCAAGAGUUGUAUGGCACAGAACAUUGUGUCAGGAAGAAAAAGCAGUAGCCCAUUGCUUGUGAAAAAAUCUGAAGCUGUGUUGUUUGACAACAGGCUUAUAGGCGAUCCAGUGUGUGUGAGGGCUUUAGCAACUAAUUUAAUAAAUGAUACUAACUCUGUCUGUAAUGAUAUCUCUGGUUCCAGCAGAUGGCCUUGUUAUGUCACCAAGCUUGGCACUAAUACCGACAACAGAUCCUCCUGUAAUGUUCCCAUCCAAAAAUGUCUCUCAGAGGCGAACACCCUGUCAUCCGAGAAGACUGAAAGCCAUCUUUGCAAGUCUCCUACUGGUCUGGAGUGCUUUGACAAUUUAUUUCCAACUCCAGUAACUGAUAAUAAAUCAUUGAGAGCUGUAGUGGCAACAGAAGAUGCAGGUGAUACCCUUUGCUCUCUCCAAGCUGAGACUGAUAAAAGACAGACAAAUGAAAUGCUGGCAACAAAAAUAGCUGAAUUUAAUAGAGUUGUUUUCCACACUGAUAAACGCCGCAUUGUAGGUCAUGGAAAUGUAUUGACGCAGUCAUCAGUUGGGGAUGGUAAACAGGCAUUUGUUAAAACUGGUUGCAUGACUCGCUGUACUGAAAAAGAGUUAUCUGGACAAUGUGUACCACAUAGCAAAACCUCUGCCUUUUCUGAGUAUAUAGCAACAAGUCAUAACACUAGCAGGUCAAAGACAGGAAAAUGCAGUCCCCACAUGAAUGAUGACCAGGACUGGAGUCCAAGUAGGUUACUUGGCCGACCACGGUCAUCUGAUUCGAGGUCAAAUUUUGGAGUGGUUGAAAAGCUGUUGAAAAACUAUGAGAAGUCAGUGGCCACUUCUGUACAGGUGUCUCCCCAGUGUAGCAAAAAUCAACAGAUAAAAUCCAGCUCUGGAUAUUCACGAGACAGUUCUGACAGCAUAUUUCAGUAUUUGGAGAUGAUUCAGACAGAACAGGAAAAAACUCAUAAACAGUCACCAUUGGCUGUAGGCAGGCAACUCUUGGAACCAACAGAGAAGAGCAAACUACCAGAGAAAUCACAACUAACUGUACUGCCAACUGUGAAAAAGUUUUCUCGUUCAGCAAGACCAGCCAAUCGUCGUUUGCCAUCUCGUUGGGCAGCUAAAGCCUCUUCGGUGCAGCCUUCUCAGACCUUCUCAUUUUCAUUUCAUUCCGAAACUACCAUAGUGUAACUGUAUUGACUGAGCUGAAAAUUGCACAGCAGUCCACACUCUUGUAGAAAAUGUGAGCGAGCCAGGGGCUAAGCAGUGUGUUAAAGCAAAAUGUUUCCUUGUCAUACUUCCUUCAACUGCAAUAAUGUCCACAUUUCAAGGCAGCCUUUAACAUGUCUUAAUCUUGAUCAGUACACUCCAGUAGUCUUCAGUACUUGGACUAGUCUGUUAAUGUAAUUCUUCUGUACAUCCUUGAUAUUUUCAUUUCCCCUUAACAUGAUAUUUAUAAGCCCCCUUAGCUGUACUUUUUCAUUUGAACUUAAUGUACAGUUCUGUAUAAUAAUAAUGUGGAGGGAGUGGGCAUUUUAAAAGUAUAUGCAUGUGUACCUGUUUAUAAUAGCAUGUGUCAGCAUAUGUUAACUCAUGUAUAUUUAGACAACCAAAAAGGACAAAGCUAAUGUAAUAUUAAAUUGUAGUAUGUACUCUUUAAUGUUAAACAGCUUAAAGAGCUACAUGAUGCUGACAUUAUUUCAGAAUUCCAUUCUUUGAAUAAAGGAGAUGGAAUGCUUUCCAUAUUAUAUGUAUAUAAAGCAAAAUAAAGAGUUUUGUGAG